UUCAAAUAAAACAGUGCUCAUACGCACGCAAGGCUGCUGUGAUAUAUCGGUAUAAAAAGCAUAAGGUAGUGGAAAUCUCGCCUGACCCAGUUGUGCAGCUUAAGCACAAUGGAGUCGCCCAGCCUCGCCGCUCUACUGAUCAGCGUCCUAGCGUUUCUUGACGUUGCGUUCAGCCAAGACAGCCAGCAGCUUAGCUACUUGCUGAGCGGUGGACCCGCCUUUGGUGAUCGAAGUGGAUUUGAACUCGGGCCCCGGCGAUAUGUCUUCGAAAGUGGAAACGCACUUGGUGCUGCCAGUGACGCCAGUUCUUCAAACGGCGCAGGUCGUUUUGGUAUUGUGCCUGGCGGAUAUGAAAAGGACUAUACAGGCAGAGCGGAUGGUGUCGAAAACUUCGGAAACAGCGAUGUUCUUCCAUACGGAGGUAUCAAACGCAUUUCUCGUCGCGGGACUAUUUUGAUUGUGAUUCGCAGACGACGUCCGCGGUGGCAAGGCAGCAGUGGAUCAGAAGACGACGGAGGAAAAUGGGGAAGGGUGGACGACGAUUAUCCUUCAGAUGAUCAGUCCACAAACGAGAGGCGAAGAGCAGGACGUGCCCUUCUCAGUAUGUUACUAAGAAAAUUACUGCUCGCAGCGCUUAGCCGGAGAUUAGCGAGAGAUGGAAGCGACGAGGGUCAAGGCCGUGAUUUUCGUUCCGGGCAACCAUGGCGUCGCAGUGAGCGAGGUUGGAGAUCAGGAUGGCGCUUCGGCGAAGGCAGCGACUCUGGCCUGACAGACACAUAUGAUGACCUUGGAAGCCGCUGGGCGCGAGAAGGCCUCGGUGCAGACGGCGGUCGCCUUUUAUUGAGGAUGAGAAGACGAAACGACGGAGAUAGUAGUGGCUUCUACCUCGUAGGCAGUGGCCGAGGCCUUCAAAACGGCCCAAGGUGGGUCUCAAGCGAAAACGCAGCAGGGGCCUCCAGCGCCAUUACCGGAAGCAACGGUGAAGAAGGUGGACGCGUGAGCGAUGCCACAGGUAUUGGCGCCGAUUACGGCGUUUUCAGCAAUGUGGCGAACACAGGUACUGCAGUACCAGGAAAUCCAUUUACCGGAAUGUCAAGGUUUGCUAGUGGAAGAUUUGCCGACUCAAGAGGCUUUGGAGGUUCACUCGAGGGCUUUCCAGCCCAACCAUCUACACGGCAGGAACCGAGUAGCUCUGAGAAUCAACCGAAUCAAGGGGGAUACGGAAAUGAAGGCGGCUCAUUUGGCAACAUAGGAGCAACUACUACCCAAGGUCGCUUCCACGUCUUAUAAUUAGACUUCCUCGCACUUACAUACCAAGUGCUCAGACUGGCGGCCUUGGUGGAAACUACGAUAGCGCUUUUGGAGGCACGCCUGAAUCUGGAGUCAGCGUUGACUCAAAUAAUGAAUACAGUGGAGGAUUUGGUGGAUUACCCGGCGGAAACCAGAUAGGCUCAAGCGAAUUCAGUGGCCCUUAUGACGUCAAUAAUGCUGCUGGCGUUAGCGCGCCUAGUGUGAACCCGCAAUGGUCGCAGAAGGGUUAAGCUGUGCAAUUUCAUUACGAGCUUGCAUUGAGUCUUUAAACACACAUCAAAUACAGCGAUCUUCUUGUUAGCAUUCGUGUUUUCUUUUUCAAAUAAAACACACCUAUGGUUA